CCCCCCCUCCCGGCGCCGCCCUUCCCCCCGCGGCGAGCCGGCGGCUGUGGCGCGCGCUGCUAACGGCCGUGCGCGUGCCCGGCGGCGGGGCGGAACGGAGCGCAGCUGCGCGGCGAUGUCGAGGAGCUCCCGGGCGGUGCUGGUCGUCACCGCGCUCCUCUCCGCCGCCACCAUCGCGGCCGUGCACGUCCAGCAGCGGCGGGAACGCGAGAGGCUGCACAGUGGAGUUCUCAGAGAUCUGGAGCGACAAAAUCAGAAAAAGGAAAAUAUUCGCCUGCUGGAAGAGCAGAUUGCUCUGACAAAGCAGCUUACAGAAGAAAGAGACAAGAUGCUCAUGGAAAAGGGAUCCCAGCAGUCCUAGAUGAGACCUGACUUGUUAAGAGGUUUGAUUAAAGGCACUUGGGAUGAUUGCAUUCUAA